CACCGUAGGAGUUCAGUGCCGUAUCCAAAAGCAGAGCGUGCUUUAGUCGCAUAGCAGCAGCAGCAGCCACCAAUAAACCCGAAAGGCCAGCCACAGAAGCGAAUUGCUUUAAAUUAGAUUUCUAAUCACCCCAAAACACACAACAAAAAACAAAGCAAAAUGUCUUCAAGUACGAGCAUCGACAAUCCCAUCUAUGGCCCCUUCUUCGGUGUUAUGGGCGCUGCAUCCGCCAUCAUCUUCUCAGCACUCGGCGCCGCUUAUGGCACUGCCAAGUCUGGUACCGGUAUUGCUGCCAUGUCGGUGAUGCGUCCUGAACUGAUCAUGAAAUCCAUCAUUCCUGUGGUCAUGGCGGGUAUCAUUGCUAUUUACGGUCUGGUCGUCGCCGUCCUGAUUGCCGGCCAACUCGAUGUUCCCCAGAAUUAUAGCCUGUACAAGGGCUUCAUUCACCUGGGCGCUGGCCUGUCCGUCGGUUUCUCGGGCAUGGCGGCCGGCUUCGCGAUCGGCAUUGUGGGCGAUGCCGGUGUCCGUGGCACGGCACAGCAGCCUCGUCUGUUCGUCGGCAUGAUCCUGAUUCUCAUUUUCGCUGAAGUGUUGGGUCUCUACGGCUUGAUUGUUGCCAUUUACAUGUACACGAAAUAAAUCAAUCAAUUCAACACACGCCCAACAA